ACCGACCUCUCUACAUUCUUCACGGCUUUAUCAUUACACUGUUGAUUUCGUGAAGCAAAUCCGUUCGAUUUUACAACAAAAACACACGAAAGAAUCAAAUCCAAAAACUCCAUUGUUCUUCAUUUUCCAAUUCGACCAAUUUCUUCUUCUUUCUCCUCCUCUCUCUCUUCAAUUCAAGAGAGAGAAGGCGAUUUCUGUUUCUCCACUGGACCAGUCGAGAUCCGAUCCUUAUCGGGUUUGAAAAAACUUGGACUCUUGUGUUUGUCUGUGGCUUUUGGACUAUUUUAGAGAGAGAAGUAGAGAGACUCUUUGAAGUGUGAAGAGAGAGAGGAGAGUUUAUAGGGCAAAGAGCGGCGAGAUCUCAAUACUCGUUACGUUUUUGCGAGUAUUUUUUGUUUUGGGCAUUUUGUCGAACAGAUGGUGGGCAUUUUUUCAAGGUUUUCUUCUAGCAGAACAGGGCAUCGACGAGCUCAAAGUGCGCUUGAUGGGAAAGGACUGCCUCCAAACCCUGAGAAUACUGGUGUUAGUGCAACCCCUGCUGCUGUUUCUCAUGGAAUUGAAGUAGCAGUCGAGUUUAAGCCUGUUGAACACCCGAUCGAGCCUCACGACAACGAUAAGCCAAUUCAGUGCCCGUUGCCUGAACCGUCUAUUCUGAAUGAUGGAAGAAUAUGGAAGGAACGAGUAUCGAGUAUACGAAAACUGCCAGAUUUGCCUGUAAUGAAAGAAGCAGAAGUCGGUGACACGAGACCACGGGCCACACGAACAAUCUUACCAUCCAUCAGCGCUCCCGAACACAACAUCCUAAACCUGCUCAAGGAAUCCGGGAUGUAGCAUAACUAGUUGUGUUCUCAUCUGGAAUUUAGAGUUCCCUAUACAAUAUUUUCUAAAGUUUGCACCCUCCUUCCAGAUUUUUACCUUUAUUGUUUUUCCAUGUACAAUAAUAGCAUGUCACAGGUUCAGUGUUUACAUAAUAUAUCAAAAGUUUAGCCUUCA